CUUCUUCCUCCUCCAACGUAAACUGUCUUUUUUAACCAGUCACGGUGGGCUAGGAGGAACGGAACGCGUACGACAGUGGGACAACUUUGAGCUAUUAUGUAGUGGAGUCUGGAGGCCCCUCUGGAAGCUUUUGCAAUAUGAAGAAUGGAAGCAGACGAUGUUACUAUCAGGGAGCAGAAUUUCCAUAGCCAAGUCCGGGAGUACAUUAUAUGCUUCCUUCUGUUUGCGGUACUCUACAUUGUCUCCUACUUCAUUAUCACCCGAUACAGGAGGAAGACGGAUGACCACGAGGAUGAAGAUGCUGUUGUCAACAGAAUAUCGUUGUACUUGUGCACGUUCACGCUCGCUGUGUCGGGCGGCGCCGUCUUCCUGCUGCCGUUCUCCAUCAUUAGUAAUGAGAUCCUACUGUCCUUCCCCAAGAAUUAUUAUAUCCAGUGGCUCAAUGGCUCCCUUAUCCAUGGGUCGCUGAUGAGAUGGAGGCUAUCCCGGCUGACUUUAGGUCUGUGGAAUCUGGUGUCGCUCUUCUCCAACCUUUGCCUCUUUGUCCUGAUGCCCUUCGCCUAUUUCUUCCUGGAGUCGGAGGGCUUUGCUGGAUCUAAAAAGGGCAUUAAGGCGCGUAUUUUGGAGACCUUUGUGAUGCUCUUCCUGUUGGCUCUGCUCAUUCUGGGCAUUGUGUGGGUGGCGUCGGCGCUCAUUGAUAACGAUGCAGCCAGUAUGGAGUCACUCUACGACCUCUGGGAAUUCUACCUACCCUACCUUUACUCCUGUAUAUCUCUGAUGGGAGGACUGCUCUUACUCAUGUGCACCCCUGUGGGAUUGUCAAGGAUGUUCACCGUCAUGGGCCAGUUACUUGUCAAGCCAACGAUCCUGGAGGACCUGGAUGAGCAGAUUUACUGCAUCCAUUUGCAAGAGGAAGCCCUUCAGAGGAGAUUAAACGGGUCAUCCACCUGUGCAUAUACUCGAGGAGGCUUCACCCACCACCUCACUAAAGAACUGGACAGCAUCAGAAACAUGAGGAAUAAACUGGAGAGAAGAAAGCAAGCAUCUGGUUGGGAGAAGAACCUGCUGUAUCCCAUAGUGAUGCUGAUCCUUCUUGCAGGAACGACAAUCUCAGUUCUUCUGGUGGCGCUGAACAUCCUCUACCUGCUCGUGGAUGAGACUGCCAUGCCCAAAGGUUCAAAGGACCGAGGAGGCAUCGGGAACACCUCUCUGUCUACCUUUGGCGUAGUCCAGGCCGUGUUGGAGAUCAUCCUCAUGUUUUAUUUGAUGGCUUCCUCCGUGGUUGGCUUCUAUAGCCUGCGCCUCUUUGAGGGUCUCACUCCUAGGAAGGAUGAUACAACCAUGACAACGAUCAUUGGAUGCUGUGUGUCCAUCCUAGUGCUGAGUUCAGCCCUGCCAGUAAUGUCCAGAACAUUAGGCAUCACCAGGUUCGAUCUGCUAGGAGAUUUCGGGAGAUUCAACUGGCUGGGAAACUUCUACAUCGUCCUCUCAUACAACAUGUUGUUCGCGGUGGUGACCACGCUGUGUCUGGUGAGGAAGUUCACCUCGGCAGUACGGGAGGAACUCCUCAAGGCCUUAGGUCUAGAUAAAUUGCAACUGUCAUACAGCCCCACGGACCCAGAAUCUGGGAAGAUCUCGGCCAACGGGCAUCAGAAAACUCUGUGAAAGGUUUGACAGGAGGAAGAUUUCCACAGCGGCGGCCUGACUGCGGAAAGGUGAAAGGGAUUGGCGGGUAACUUGAUGAACCCGAGCGGCGUCUGGCAGGCGCUGCAAAUGAAAGCCGGGGACCAUUUCGCAUCGUGACAUUCCGUCCCCUGCGUCUCAGAUGGGAGCUGGGACGCAGCCAAGAAGAGACUGAGGGGUUAGAUGGAGCUCCCUCGCCGCAGUCUGCUUGACCUCGACUCGCUCGCCCGCCACUGUGCUUAACAUCUUCAAGUCUUCUUUGGCCACGUUUCCACUAAGUUGUCAGUUCGGAACAGGUCAAUCAAGUGUGUUUAGCCCAACGAGGCUGCACCAAAAAAAUGGAUGGCUCCAAUAUUUUGGGACCCUUAAAAACAAAACGCCAGACUUACCGACCUGAACCCUUAAUGGGAAUGAGGCUUUGAUAACAUAAAAAAAAAAAAAAACGCCAUCACGCUUCACUAUUCAGUUUCUGGUCUUAUCACUUCAGUGGGUUCGUUGUUUGUUUCUUUGAGAAUGUGUGUAAAUUAAAUUAACACGGUCACAACUACGCCACUUUUCCACCGCACUGUGCUCCUACUACUACGCACACCACUUCGGAAUGGUCAGUUUAUCAGUUGCAAAAACCACGCCGCAUUGAACGCAUCAGUCAGAACUCGGGUUGCUGGAAACGUUCCAUUUGAAUGCACCAGGAAUUUACAAAAAAUUAGGGUUGGGUCUUAAUAGGGAAUUUAAUACUUAGAGAACGACUAUUUAGACAUAAUCUUGACUAAAAUGGCCAUGCAAUUACAGUGGUAACUUCAUUUACAAGUGCUCAAACUUGGGAUUUUUUUCAAGAUUAGUGAGCGAUAUGCUGCGAGGCAAAAUUUUAGUUACUAAUGAGAUUCAGAUAUGCCGCCGCUCGAGUAAGGUGGGGAAAGAAAAUUAGCAAUGAAGGUACUGUAAUUCCCUUACAUGUGGGCAAGGAGCGCUAUCUAUCUAUUUUUCAUGGAUGCCUGCUUAUGAAUUUUUUUUUAAAUUUGUGCUCGAAUACAAUACCUUUUCCAUUAAAUUACCCUCCAUUCCCUGUUAAUUCACAAUUCCCAUGAAACGUUUCCAAUUUUUAUUAUUUUCACAUUUCUCCCAUCUUGAAUUCCCUUGGAAAUUUAACGGAAACCUUUCUUACCAAACAUUUUCCACCUCUUUGCAACCGUAGUCAGAACCCGACUAACAAAAACAAUGGAGAUUGAGGGUCAGUUCCGUGCAGUGGAAAAGGCAUGUUGGAUUUGAGCAUUUUGCUGUCUGAACUUUUUUAGGUGCUCCAUAUUUGAGUUUGAGCCAGUUGAUAUGCAAGGACUUUUAUUUUAUGAAGUACAAGAAUCUUUUGCUUCCACACACACAAACACACACACACCAAAAAAGGGCACUAUAGAUUAUUUUUGUGUGUAAAUUGUAUUCACAUGUACAUAUGUUUCAUAGCUCUUUUUGCAUUAUUUGGAAGUAUAUGUGGCGAGCGCAUACCGAGCAAUGUGUACAUACUGCCCCAACCCGAGUCCCAUGCAAACAAUCAAAUGCACACGAACACAAUGUGCAGGUUGAACUCAGGCCGUCACGUUAAGCGGUCGCCCUCGGUCCCGAGAACCACCGUGAAUGCCUUAAACGACGAGCCUGUCGCGGGCUUAACGUUAAAGGUCGUGUCGCGUCUUUUUUAUUUAUUUUUUGUUUUGUUUUGUUUUGUGUUGCUCUCUAGACAGUUCCACUGUGAUCCUAGCCAGGUUAGUCUGAACCCAGCGACGUACGAUGCGCAUUUUCUUUUUUCGUCGUCAAUGUUGUCAUAGAAACGGUCACCAGCCUGGAGGCCUGUAAAGUCCAGUAAAGGCGAGUGACAGAUUACGGCGCAUAUACUGCGGAUGUGUUGUCAUGGCGACUCAUACGAUGUCAAGAAAGGAAGUUGUUUAAAUGCGUGUGUGUUUAUGUGUGUAAAUGUACAGUAUAUGCAUUUUGUGUGAUUGAGGCAUGGACUACUUUAUGUCAAAAAUGCAGCUCUGAUUGGAUGUGAAAAGCAGAACAGGACCAAAGAUCUGGUUUUAGGGGUGUAUAGAGAAAUACUUUAGAUUGUCAAAUAGAGUUGUGCCAUUUGAAAACUACGGGGAAGAAAAAAAUCAAAAGUACAGCUCAAAAAGAUUUUCUGCAAAGUGGGCUAUCUGUCAGGGAAGUCGGUGCCAGCCUUUUUCGGGUGAGCAGGCCAUCGCACCUCUAAUAAAACAUCACAGCCCUACUUGGGUUUUCUAUUCAUCUCUGUGCUGUGUGGGUGUGUGGGCAUUUACUUUUAAAGUGAUGCAGCUCAGUCUUUAUGCGUGUCUAUGUUUUCCCCAGGGGGUACUUGUUUUGUGAAUGUAUUUUUUUAAAACAAUUUCUCAGUCGGCUGUUUUGUUUAUUUUUUAUGUUUGUGGGUUUGCAAAUAAAAAUUCAAAGAUA